UCAAAAACCAAAACACAAGCUUCACAUUUCACUCACGCUACUCUUGCUCUCCCUUCCCUAUUCUCUCCCUCUCAGUCUCCCUCUCUCUCUCUCGCUCGAUCGGAUCGUCAUUUUUGUUCCUCACGAAGCACUCGAUCCAAGUAAUUUUAACUUCUUGUUAUUAGGAUGAAGAAAGCCUCUCGGAGAUCUUCCAUUGGACUAAAAGAUCGAUCCAAUUCGAUGACUUAUAGUGGAUGAUCACCAGUGCAAAGAAUUUUGAUUAUUGUGUUAGGAAUUCAUGCAUCAAAUACUUGUGGGGAACUUCAGUACUAGAUUUUCUUUGCAACCAUUUGUUAAAAGGGUAGACAAACUGACAGAAAACCAGAAAAAUGCCAUAAAGAGAAUGGGAUUUGGCAACUUGCUUCGGAUCCCUUAUCAAAUGUUGAGCAAAAAUCUUCUUGUCGAGUUGAUGGAAAGAUGGAGUUGCGAUAAGCAUGCUUUUCUACUUGUCCCCGGGGAUAUUACCAUGACUCUCAUGGAUGUCGCACUAAUUCUAGGACUACGUGUUACCGGAGAUCCUGUGAUCCUAAGGGAAGAUCAACCUUUUUCUGAUUUGGAGAGAGAAUAUGGAGCAGUUGUUUGGAAUAGGAAGAUCACGAUAGCAUCAAUCGAGAAGAGACUUGACACACUUGACGGAAUAGUUAAUGAUGAUUUUAUCAGGUCUUUUUUGUUAUUUAUAUUUGGGACACUACUUUUUCCCAAUUCAAAUGGCAAAGUAGAUUCCCGUUAUCUUUCUCUUCUCCAAAGAUUGGAUAAGGUUUGUCAUUUUGCAUGGGGUGCAGCUGUUCUUGAGGAGAUAAGUAACUGGUUGUGCAAAAGAAAGGAGAUGAAUGUACAAUAUGUGGGAGGGUGUCUUAUUUUCCUCCAAAUAUGGUCAUAUGAGCAUAUUGAUAUUGCUCGGCCUGGUUUGCUAGGUUGCCAAUUCCCUCGUGCCUGCCGAUGGGAAAAUAGUAGGUCUCAUCAAAGACAGUGGUUGAUUACUAAGUUUAAGGAACUGGAAAAGAAUCAGAUAACGUGGAAGCUUCAAUUGACUUCCGAGGAGUCAAAAAUGGAUACAAUCAAAGAGUUAUUAGAGGAACAGAGUGAUGGCGAAGAGGUUCCUGCACCGAGGUAUAAUGUUUUGAUUCACAAGGAGGAGGAUAAUGUGAGAACAAGAUUACAAAUUAUGGAUCAAUGGAUUGCCGAAAUGGAAAAUGAUUCAAAAAUGAAUAUGGUCGGAGAAGUUCAUGUGACACAAGAUGAUUGUUUCGAGCAAUCAAGAAAAGCACAAAAUGUACCAGUGAUGCUAACAGACAAAGUGGAUAUUUUACCUACAUCUCAUAAUGUGUCAGAGGGAGAAAGAGAGCACACGGAUCAUCCACGGACAUCACAAGAAUCUUCCACAUUUAUUAUCAUAAGCGACGAUGAUGGUGACGAUGACUUAGGAAUAAAAGAUCAUAUUUUACAAGAGCCAGAUGCAAAAUUGAAGGAGGAGAUUGAUGACUUGAGGAAAGAGAAUAAACUUUUAAAAACUCAGCUCUUGUCAAGUUCAAAAUUCGAAGAGGAAAAUGCGAAAUUGAGGAAGGAAGUGGAGAACUUGAGACGAGAAAACCAACUUUUAGUCUCAUCAUCAAAUAAUCUUGUGUAUCGAUUGGAAAGACUUAUAUUUGAUGAAGACGUAAAUGCAACAGAAGAACAGAAUUCAGCGUCCCCGUAAAUGAAGAUUUUGUAGCUUAAUUUGUGAUCUUCUCGGUUACCAUGUCAAAGUUAACAUUUUGAGGAUAUGCUUUGUAAGGUUCAUAAACUCUGUCCUGAAUCUUCACCAAAUGAAUUAUGUUGAGCUUAAAAUGUUCCCGAAAUUACCUGGCUUUUAAGUAUUCAUGUAGGCCCUUUUGGUUUGGUGGUUGGCAUCUGUACUACAUACAUCGUGAUGAAACUAUACGAGAGCUAAAAAUGAUUUUGGUAUCACCAUUGCCACUGCCACUGCCCUAUGAAGCUUGGGUUGUUAAUAUUCAUGUGAUUCAUGUGGACAUGACAUUGCCAGUGACAACUGUUUUGGUUUGGGGAUGGCAUGCACUAUCUCUUAGCCCAUAAUUGCAUUGAUCAUAAUUUUUCUGCUUUGCAAUCAGGAAGUGCAAAAAGAUUCAGUAACCUUACAGAACAAUCUGGAAUAUUGGAAGGUGUUUCCAUGACUUUUGGAUCGAAUAAAAUUGUUGGGAAACAAUCAAAGCAGGAGCCAAGGAGAUAAACUGCUUGCAGGAAGUUGCACAAAAUAUGCCAAUUGUUGCAAAUGUCUUGAGAGAAAGUGGCAAAGUGGAGCCAAGGUGACUGACACCGUGGAUCGGAGUGUUCAAGGAGGAGCAUGGCUGAUAAUUUAUUAUCCUAUGGUCUGGGCUGGGCAUGCAAUGCAGUUGGACUUUUGCCUCCAUGAAUGUUUGCAUUAUCAAUCUGGGUGUUGCUAAGCUACAAUAGAGUGUUGCUAGACAGUCAGGAGGUGCAUGUGGGUAUGGAAACCUGUACAGCCAAGGCUAUGGAACCAGCACAGCAGCUCUAAGCACAGCCCUCUUCAACAAUGGCUUGAGCUGUGGCGCAUGUUAUCAACUGAGAUGCAGGAAUGACCCCCAAUGG